ACAGGGCCCUUUGUGACACGGCGGGCAUGGCCGAUGGGAUGGCACGGGACAGGGUGUCACAGGGCCCUUUGUGACACGUGAGGACAUAGUAGUGGUGUUGAGGUGACCACAUCUCAGUGCUCCUCGGAGCGUGCGACGGGACGGACGGGACAGAGCGGUGCUGUGUGGAGCCCCCGCGCAGCCAACUCGUUCCUUUCUGAUCCGGAGCAUUUUGGUGGCUUUUCUGUCUUGCAAGUGUCCUCGAGGCCGGACCGCGGGACUUGGUGACACGGAGCUUUUGCGAGGUGUCCCCAGUCCCUGCGGCAGCUGCCCUCGAGGCGGCACUGCAGGACUUGCUAACCAACACUGUUUUGUAGGCUUUUCUCUCAUUCGGGUGCCCUUGAGACCAGACCACAGGAUUGGUGACCCGGAAAUUUUCCGAGGCGUCUCCAGUCCCUGCGGCAGGUGCCCUCGAGGUCAUUCUCUGGGACUCUGUGUCCCGGAGCUUUUCCCUUGCGUCUCCAAUCCCUCAGCAGGUGCCCUCGAGGCCCGACUGUAGGAUGGCGGAGAGACGCUUCAGCCUGUGCAGGUUUCUCAGGAGGAAGAAAAAGAAGGAAGGCCCUGAGACUGCCCCUGCACAGCAGCCUGAAGAGGCAGAGCAGCCCCAGCCCCUGCAGGAAGAUCCAGGACGGGAGCGGACACAAGAACAGGACCGUGCCCGUGGCCACUUCCGCAGGGCAGCACAGGCUUGUCUGACAUCCCUGGCCAUUCGGCGUAGAAAGACCAGGAUCACGCCAACUGAGGUUCUGGCACAGCCUGACCCCACGCCGAGUGAGCUCAAGGCACACCCUGAAGUCGGCACCGCGUCGACUGACGGCACAGCAAACUGUGACAGCGCGGUGACCGAUGACGGGACAAACUCCAACAUGGCCCUGCCUGAGCUCAGCACGGAGGCUGACGGGGCAACGACUGAGGGCAUGGCAGACACUGAGAGCACACCUGUUCAGCGCCUGCCCGAUGCUCCCAGUCGGGACGUUCUUGGGGACGGAGCUGUCUCUGCUCAAGUAGACAUGGAGCUGGACAGAGGCAUGGAGCAGAGACCUCCCAGCGUGCCCAAGCAGGCCUGGGUAAAGGAGGAUGAGGAGGAGGGCCCUGGGCCUGCCCCAGCACGGCAGCCUGAAGAGGCAGAGCAGUCCCAGUCCCUGCAGGAAGAUCCAGGACGGGAGCGGACACAAGAACAGGACCGUGCCCGUGGCCACUUCCGCAGGGCAGCACAGGCCUUUCUGACAUUCUUGGGUAUUCAGCGUAGAAAGACCAGGAUCACGCCAACUGAGGUCCUGGCACAGCCUGACCCCACGCUGAGUGAGCUCAAGGCACACCCUGAAGUCGACACCACGUCAACUGAUGGCACAGCACUCUGUGAUGGUGUGGUGACUAAUGAUGGGACAAACUCCAACACGGCCCUGCCUGAGCUCAGCACGGAGGCUGACGGGGCAACGACUGAGGGCAUGGCAGACACUGAGAGCACACCUGUUCAGCGCCUGCCCGAUGCUCCCAGUCAGGACGUUCUUGGGGAUGGAGCUGUCUCUGCUCAAGAAGCCACGGAGCCAGACAGAGACACGGAGCAGAGACCUCCCAGCGUUUCCCAGAUGGCCUGGGUGAAGGAGGAGGAGGAAGAGGAACGCGCUGAUGUUGCCCCGGCACAGCAGCCUGAAGAGGUGGACCAGCCCCAGCCCUUGCAGGAGGGCCAGGACAGCGGUGCAGACACCGACAGCAGGCCUGCUCAGAGCGGGAAUGAUGCUCUGCCUGCGGAUGUUUCUGAGGAGAAUGGUGUCUCUGAUGCAAAGCAAGUGCCAGCCUUCGUCAGGAACGUGCACCAGAGACUGACAGCCAGCACGACUCCAGAAGAGAAGCUGCUGGCAGAGUUUCUGAGGGUGACUGAUGAACACCCUGCUGAUGCUGUCGUGACCCUCCUCUGCUGUGCCUCAUCAUGUGACAGAGCUGCUGCCAUCAUGUGGAGGACCAUCACCUCAUCAGGAAGGACAGUGGUGAAGGUGCUGCCAGAGCUGCUCUGUGUGAUGGAGGACUGGCCAAUGCACAGCAUGUCCACCUCUGACGGGGACAAAACAGAUGUCUUUGCCCUGGCUGCAACCAGGGUGAUCUGGGAGACUCUGCAGAUGUUCUGGUUCACGGAGUCAUUGAUAGAGUACUCCCCCCGGCUCCUCAUGGCUCUGCUCUUCCAAGUUCUCAUCAGCACAGAGCAGACACCAGAGGAGGUCGACACCUUCUGGAGGGGAUGCCGGGAGCAACACAACCUUCCCACCCAGCCCAACAGGUUUGCAGUGCUCACCAUCAAGGCCCUGCUUUGCCACCUGGAGUGUGAGGAAGUUGUGGUUUCAAUGGAACGCAAGCGCGGCUGGGACACGCUCCUCAGCGCUGACACCCACCACUACGCAGUGGGUCUGCUGGCCAGGGAGAUGCGCCGUGUCUCCAGCCCCUUGUGUUCCCGGAUCACACUCCACCUGCUGGAGCUGCUGAGCAGGGAGGAGCCCCACUUGGAGGUCUUCACCGUGGCGUUCCUUGUGGAGGUCCUGGAUGGGCUGGACAUGAGUGACUGGGGAGGCAGCAUUCUGCAGAGCCUUUCAAGGCACCUCAGAAGCGAGUGCCCAGAGAGGCGUCGCCUGGCGCUCCGAGGCCUUCUGGUGCUCAGCCAGGAUCCUGUGAUGGCUGACGGUGUGCAGAGCCUGACACAAAGCCUCACGGAGCUACUGUGGGAUGCAGACGGAGAGCUGGUCUGGAUGGCCCUCUCUAUAUUCAUCAAUGAAGUCCAGGACAGAGGCAUCCCAAUCUCCACCCCCACUGCCCUGGAGCUGGCUGAGGCACUCCAGACACUCUUUGGCUAUGACAACAUCCACGUGCAGCUGCUCUCCGUUCACCUCUUCCGAAGGGUGUUGAAGUUGGUAGUGGAGGAGGGAAAACAACCCCUGCAGACGCACGUGAUCCAGAGCCUGCUGCCACUCUUCUUCCUCUCGCAUGAUGAGAACGAGCACCUGGCAGACGCCUCUUGGGAAGUGCUGAUUCGUGCACUCAGGUUCCUGAAGAGAAGGGAUCUCAAGAACCUGCUGGAGGCGGACAAGCCGUGGCGGUUCUGCGACUGCCUGGUGGAAAGCGAGAAGAAAAGAGUGGUGGAGUUCAUGUGGCAGGCCCUGCCACACCUCGAGAGCCCACAGGAGCCCCUGCGGGAGGCGGCCCUCAAGUUCAUUGGGAUCGCCGCCAAGUACCUGAGAAAGGGGCAGGAGGAGGACGAGCUCAUCACAGAGGUCAUCAUUGACACCCUUCAAGGCAUGACUGCUGACAGCCCUGCCAUCUCAAGGCUGGCAGCUGAAACCUUGAAAAUCAUCAAGGAUGUCCACAAACCUAAACCUAAACCAACACCGAAAUCUAAAUCCACCAGAUUCCGGUAGCCUCCAUUCCUCUCUGUUCCAGCCCUGAGAGGAAUGACCUCAGACUCGCCAUUGCAGGCCUGGCCAUUCAAAACUGUACAUGCUAAGGGCUGUACAAACAGCUCCCUGCUCCAGACUCCAGCAGCUCCAAGAGGAAAAUGCCUCUGAAGAGGAAAAUGCCUCUUUUCUGCAAGGACCACACCAGUGUGGGAAUAUCAAAUAUAUCUAUACAUCUUAUGAAA